AUGACAUCCGUUGUAGACGGAGGACUCUUCAAUGCCGUGGACUUUGCCGGAGCAGGAUUUCUUUUCUCGAAAUUAAAUGGACAAGGAUACAAGGAAGAAGUGAAAAGACACAACCAAGCAUUGGAAAAACUUGCGAAAGCAAAAGAAAAAUUUUAUGAAUCCGAAGUGAAGCGGAGGAACGACGAAGCUCGACGUCGGGCUGAGAUCCUGGAUGCUAACAAGGACAUUGAGCAAACAAACAGGGCGCUGGAAGAUUUGAGAGAUUUUAGGAGACUUAUGGACGACUCGGCAUCGCAGCGGAAACCAAAAUUGGAAGAUUAUUAUCAACCGGAGGAUGUGAACGAGGAAAACAAGGACGAAGCUUGGACGAGGAUUUACGGAUAUCCACUGGACAAUUUUCCAAAACCCAAGUUCAAAGUAGGGGAUCACGUCAGGGUGGAGAUAAAAUAUAAGGCCUUUGAAAAGGGAAACGAACCGAUUUUCGACAGUGAACUAUACGUCAUCACGGCGGUGUUUCGGGGAGAUCCCAACAUGUACAGCCUUAGGGAUCCGGAGGAUGGAGAAGACAUUUUAGGAAUAUAUUACAAACAAAAUUCGAGAGAUUCCGCCUGUGGGCAAAAGAAAACAUGUGGGCGCUAG